GCAGGCCGCCGCACGCGAGAUGGUGUCGCAGAAUGUCCGGGAGGGAUCCAUCGUAAACCUCUCGAGCAUCGUCGGCAAGACCGGCAACAUGGGCCAGAGCAACUACGCCGCCUCCAAGGCGGGAGUCGUGGGAUUCACCAAGACGGUUGCCCUCGAACUUGCGAGGCACAACAUCCGCUGCAAUGCGGUCAUGCCUGGCUUCAUCGACACUCCCAUGGUGGCCCAGGUGCCAGAAAGGGUCAUGGCCAAGUUGUUACCCUGCAUUCCCCUGGGACGAAAAGGAACGCCGGAGGAAGUGGCUGAGGCUGUCCUGUUCCUCUGUUCGCCAAGGAGCUCCUAUGUGACAGGUUCCGUGUUGGAAGUCACCGGGGGAAUGUUCAUGUGAGGUUGCUCGGUCAGACGUAACCUUUUACCGACGUUGCCUUUGGGAAGAGGGGGUAGGAAGACGACCCCUCGGAGUGGAUGCAUGUUCUUGAGUUGUGUCGAAGACUGGUCCAAGGAUGGGGGCGACUCUUAUUUUUAAAAAAAGAUUCCCUGUUUAGAGAAUUCGGGAUGUCGGUUAAGAUGUUGUGUAAGCCAUUACUAAAAUCGCCCCAUUUGAACUCGGAAUGUGUUAUAGGUAGGAUUCCGUGUUUUUGGAGAUUAUUUCUCGUGAAAUGCGGAAGGUGUUUUUCGGAGUUUAUUUUUCGCUGGGCAUUCGGGGAUUAUCAGAGUUUAUUUUUGUUACAUUCUCAAUUCUUUGAAAUUCAAAGUUUAUUUUACUCUGUAAAAUAAGAAAAAAUACAUAAAAUUCAUGAACAAAAUAAAUAAGGUCUGGGUACCAUCACCCAUUGUCCUGAAGGAACCUUGACGUGCUAAAUGGCAAACCCAUUUUGUCAUUAGUUCUAGAUUUCAAAGGAAACUUAAGUGAAAUCUCCUCGGGACCACUGACCUUGUGCUCUUAUAAAGUUUAAUGGGGGGAG